GCGUGGGGUGCGGUUCCGGGUCGUGGCGGGGCUCCGGUCAACGGGACUGCUGCUCAGCCGGCCAGCGGCGGCGAGCGGCGGGGGGCAUGAGGGCUGGCCCGGAAAGCGGCUGCUGAGCCGGCCGGGAGGAGCGCCGGCCCCCGAGGAUUCCGAGAGUGCGCUGCUCGGGCUGGGGCCGGGAGGCGCGGGGUGCCGGGCCCUCCCCUCAGGAACGUGUCCCGGGGCCGACCCGGCCCGUACGUAGUGUGGCAGCAGCUUCAGGUGUGUCCGUGGACAAGUGUGAGAGGCACUGUACUGUACCAGGCUUCCUUUAACUGGAUCUUGGCAGAUGGUAGGUGAGCCUGUGAAACAAUAUGAAGAGGAGAAAAUAGCCUUUUAAGAAAAUUGGCCCACAAAAAGGAUGGCCUUCUUGGACAAUCCAACUAUCAUUCUAGCUCAUAUUCGACAGUCACAUGUGACCAGUGAUGACACAGGAAUGUGUGAGAUGGUUCUCAUUGAUCAUGAUGUUGACCUAGAGAAGAUUCAUCCUCCUUCAGUGCCUGGAGACAGUGGGUCAGAAAUUCAGGGAAGCAAUGGUGAGACUCAGGGCUAUGUAUAUGCCCAGUCAGUCGAUAUUACCUCAAGUUGGGACUUUGGUAUUAGAAGACGCUCAAAUACAGCUCAAAGAUUAGAACGACUCCGAAAAGAGAGACAAAACCAGAUCAAAUGCAAAAAUAUUCAGUGGAAAGAAAGAAAUUCUAAGCAAUCAGCCCAAGAGUUAAAGUCACUGUUUGAAAAAAAGUCGCUCAAAGAGAAACCUCCAAAUUCUGGAAAACAGUCAAUAUUAUCUGUACGCCUGGAGCAGUGCCCUCUGCAGCUGAAUAAUCCCUUUAACGAGUAUUCCAAAUUUGAUGGCAAGGGUCAUGUGGGCACAACAGCAACCAAGAAGAUCGAUGUCUACCUCCCCCUGCACUCGAGCCAGGACAGACUGCUGCCAAUGACCGUGGUGACAAUGGCCAGCGCCAGAGUGCAGGAUCUGAUUGGGCUCAUCUGUUGGCAGUACACAAGCGAAGGACGGGAGCCGAAGCUCAAUGACAAUGUCAGUGCCUACUGCCUGCAUAUUGCUGAGGAUGACGGGGAGGUUGACACGGAUUUCCCACCGCUGGAUUCCAACGAGCCCAUUCAUAAGUUCGGCUUCAGUACUUUGGCCCUGGUUGAAAAGUAUUCAUCUCCUGGUCUGACAUCCAAAGAGUCGCUCUUUGUUCGAAUAAAUGCUGCUCAUGGAUUCUCCCUUAUUCAAGUGGACAAUACAAAGGUCACCAUGAAAGAAAUCUUGCUAAAGGCAGUGAAGCGAAGAAAAGGAUCCCAGAAAAUUUCAGGCCCUCAGUACCGCCUGGAGAAGCAGAGCGAGCCCAAUGUCGCCGUGGACCUGGAGAGCACUUUGGAGAGCCAGAGCGCCUGGGAGUUCUGCCUGGUCCGCGAGAACAGUUCAAGGGCAGACGGGGUUUUUGAGGAGGAUUCGCAAAUUGACAUAGCUACAGUACAGGACAUGCUGAGCAGCCACCAUUACAAGUCAUUCAAAGUCAGCAUGAUCCACAGACUCCGAUUCACAACCGACGUGCAGUUAGGUAUCUCUGGAGACAAAGUAGAGAUAGACCCUGUUACGAAUCAGAAAGCCAGCACUAAGUUUUGGAUUAAGCAGAAACCCAUCUCAAUCGAUUCUGACCUGCUCUGUGCCUGCGACCUUGCCGAAGAAAAAAGCCCCAGUCACGCGAUAUUUAAACUCACGUAUCUAAGCAAUCACGACUACAAACACCUCUACUUUGAAUCCGACGCUGCUACCGUCAAUGAAAUCGUGCUCAAGGUUAACUACAUCCUGGAAUCACGAGCAAGCACUGCCCGCGCUGACUAUUUUGCUCAAAAACAAAGAAAACUGAACAGACGUACGAGCUUCAGCUUCCAGAAGGAAAAGAAAUCAGGGCAACAGUGACACCGGCCUCCAGCUUCAAUCUGUGGCUCUAGCUCUGAGCCUGCCUGCCAGGACCAGGUGUCCUGCCGGCCUCAGGGGAGGCCACUCCCAGGGUCACGAGGACAAGGCUGGUGGGCUUUGGGGGAAGGGGGAGCACCCCCUAGAAUGGAGCUGGGGACAUUUCCACGGGACCGGAGCCUGAGUGUCAUGGCUUUGAUUAGCAGUGCCCAGGGGCCGGACGACCGGGAGGAGCUGCACGCUGUCCAGCCAUCCUGACUGCCCGAGGCGCUGCCCGAGGCUGUACAUAGCCAUGCCCAGACUUUUCCUUGCAACUUGAUCAAAUUUCUUAAACAAAGAACAAAAAUGUACAUGUCUUUCUUUUUUUUUUUCUUCUUCUUCCUCUUAAUAAACUCUUUAUCAUGGUUGCUAUGAUGGACCAUUCUUUGGGGCAGAGGAUUGAUUAUGUUAUUCUCUUUAAAAUCUGCUCCCAUAUUGAACAGGCAGAUUGGAAAAGCUAUGGCUCGAUUUUUCAGAAGAAAUGUUUAGGGUUUAGUCAAUAGUUUUAACUAUGCCAUUUGUUUAAAUGAGUGCAUUGCUUUGAGGGUAGCAUCUUACUAAAGUCAGGAAGGGGACCUAAGGAUGCAUGUGUGUCCAAGGCUGUGCCAUUUUCCUCUUCAGAAGCCUUCUCCUGCAACCCCCCAAGCUGGUCCCAUUUCAGAGAUGCAGGACGGCAUGUAAAUUGCGGGGCGCAGGGACUCGGGGCUCACGCUGGCUCCCAGCCAGAAGUGGUCUCUCCUAUUUCUUAAGCAAGUCUAGGUUUCUGCUGACAGCUGGACCUGCGUGUGGAUUUUCCAUGGACCCGGAGGAGUCUGCUGUGCUGUCUGGGAAGGGCUCGGCUCCCCUUCUCCCUCUCCUCCCGGUGCCUGCCCCCUGGCCGAGCAGGCUGGCGGCCGCUGCUUUCACUGCAUCAGGGAGAUGCGAGCAGAGACUGCAGGCGGGGGUCCAGCUCCCAGAGAAUGGGAGUUAAGGGAUCGGGUGUCGCUGACACCGUCUCUCUAGCCACACCAGAUGCCUCUGCCAUCCCCGCCAAACUCUCCAGGGUCCCUCUCAGGGUGACGGCCAGGGUUGAGGACCCAAGGUUUCACCAAGGACCUGCAUUUCAAAGUUGUAAAUUCGUUGUACAGGAAGCCACCCGUGGCUGAAACAGCCUCUCACGGUCAAGGGUCUCUGCCCAGGGGCUUCCUAACGAAUCCCUCUUUCAUUCUGAUCUUUGUUCAGCCAACAGAAGCACCCUUUUCUAAUAUCUUCCAUUCCUGUCCACCCCAGAAACAAAACAAAAUAUUAUUUGUAGCUUACUCUCUGUAUUUGAAUUUUUAGCAAUUUUAUAUUUAGAUAUCUUUGGAAAAUGUAAAUGACUAAUUUGGUCAUUAAAUCUUGUGACAUUCAAUAUUAAAAUAUUACAAUAAAAGUCAUAAAUACCUUC